GAAAUGAGUAAGAGAGCCCUAACCAUUUGCAUAGUCUGAUUCCAAAUGCAUUAAAAACCUGUUACCUUCACUUUCCUUCGUAGUUCAACAGUUUUCAGCAACUAAGUAAAGCCCACUGAUACAGCAAGAUGAUCAAGAGCAGGAGAUACGUCUUCUUCCCAGGCCUUAUUGUUGUGGUAUUUCUAGCUGACUUGGCUGUUGGUGGGCUCAUCUCCAAUGGAUUUAUAGUCAAAGUUAUUAUUAGUGAAUGGAUUUUAAACAAGCGUUUUACUGCCAAUGAACAGCUUCUUCUGAGUUUGAGUAUAUCCAAUUUCAUCAUCACAAUUUUAAUGAUCACAUCAUUACUUCUCACAAACCAAGUGAACAGCUACUCAAGGUUUCGAGCAUUAAUUGCCUAUAAUUUUUCUGCCAUAUUCUUCAGAUCCUGGCUCACCGUCUGGCUUUCUGUCUUUUAUUGCAUCAAGAUCACAAUCAGCACUCAUUUCCUCUUCCUUUGGUGCAAAUUGAGAAUAUCAUGGCUGAUACCCCGGCUUCUCGUGGGAUCUGCAAUUAUCUCAUUUUUUAUUUCCAUAUAUGCAUUUCAUGGUAUUCUUAUACUACCCUACAGAAACACCACAGUCAACAAUACAAGUAUGAGCCAAGAAUGGAAACCAAUACAGUUUGUUGAUUCUUUCAGCGUCUUCUUUUUAUCUGCUGGUUCUGCUUGUCCUGCUCUUAUGAUGGUACUUUUUUCCACUAUAGUUGUUGUGUCACUUUGUAGGCACAUCUAUCGGAUGACAGGGAAAGAAUCCAAAUUCAGGAAUCCCCAAAUGGAAGCUCAUAUCAAGGCAGCUGGGACAGUGAUCUUGCUCCUGCUCUUUCAUGUGUUGUUUUAUUUGGCAGAAACCUUUAGUUUCACUAUAUGCUUUGGAUCAAAACCUGCUGUUCCUUUGACAAUACUGGCUAUGCUUUAUCCACCUGCUCAGGCAGCUAUCUUGGUGUUGGUUAACCCAAAGCUAAAGCAGGCAGCUACUUGCAUAUUUCUAAAAAUAUCUCAGGAACAAACUAGACAUAUUGCUUGUUCGCAUAUUUAA